GGCAAACUCGUGACCUAGAUGUCAUCAUCAAGCUGUUGAUUUACUGUAUUAGCGACUCCGUGACUGCUCUUUUGCGACAGCAUGGGAACCCCCACGGCAAGUGUAUCUGUGGACGGUGCUGGGUCGGUGGGCUUGGCGUUUUUCAUAUUUGAUCGUUCAGCGUUGCAAAAGGAGUCGGAUAGGAUCGAAGAUGCUGUGAAGUAUUACUAUCCGAAAGAAGACUUUCGUUUGGAGAAUGUGAAGGAAAAAUGCAGACAGUUAGUGGGCAUGUCUGAUUGUAUGGCGAAUAUAACAGGCAUAAGACCUCAACUGUUUCGUCUGAAGAAAGAAAAAUAUGUUAUGAAACAAGAACAGGACUAUGGAAUUGCUUUGGCAGGAAGAUUGUCAGACUCAGACUCAUUUCUUGUGGACAAGCUGGACAGACUAUAUGACAUGUUUGUGUUUUAUCAUGGAAGCUUGCGUCAUGUAUAUCAGCAGAUGGAGGGUGACAACCAGUGUUUCAUCGAUAGGCUAGACUUUAUCUGGUCUCGUUACUAUCAGCACACAGAUGAGAAACAAGUUCAAAAUCAGGAUUUCAUGCUCACCAUUUUUCAUCCUUUGCCAUAUGUAGAUCUUCCAAAGGCUAGCUGUCAGUCUUUCAUCAAAGCAUCUCAACUCCUUCAAACCUGCCAGAGGCAGAAGGGUGUUCUUGCAGGCUGCAUUAUCUAUCAAGAAGACAUUUUGUACACUCAGCUGUCACCUGCUCUUACUGAGAAGCUUCUAGUUUGUGCAGGAAGAGCUCCAGUUGAGAGAGCAAGUACUGCCAAGCGAACAGGUUUUCCUCUUCCUGAAUUCAUCCAGCUUUAUAGCUUGUACUUGACAAAGGAUGAAUACCGACAGUUGCUUCCAUCGUCAUCAGAUAAUGCUCAAGAACUUAUCAUUCCACCUAUAGCUGGAGACAGCGAGUCAUCUCUGCAACCUCUUUAUGCAUCACAACUUUCACGUGAAGAAAGAGCAAGAACAGCUUCAGCUUCUUCUGUUGGAUCAAGUAGCUUGAGUCCCAGUGUGCUUUCUCGUUUAUCUCGUAUUGGCAGUCGUAGCAUAUCUCCAGAGAAACAGAAAAAACAUAAUUUUUGUGCUGUACAGCCAGUAGCUUUGCCUUUUUCCAAUAGACAACAACAAACGUCAAAUUCUCUACAGAGCAAUUUGAUGGACAACAAUGAACAAGUGAUGAAUGUAAGAGGACAUAGUGAAGAGUUGAGAAGGAAUGCUGUUGCUCCACAGCAUAAUUUACAAACACCUGCAGGCAAAGAAUUGUCACUGACAGUGUUUACAUCAGAAGGCAAAUUUGGUGCAGUGAACGGUGGUGAAGACAAUGACAAAUGUGCAUCAUCACAGUCCAACAUUGUAGUACUUAGUCCACAUUGUCAAUCGUUGGUCAGUUCCAAGAAAGCUGUAACUGUAGAGAAUAUAAGCAAUCAGGCAAGGAUUGGAACAGAAGAACUUGAUGAAUUUGACUCAACUAGUUCUAAUUGUUUUGUUAACUCGGUUUCUUCUUUGUCAAACACGCAACAGGCAUUGCCUGAUUCUGCAAAGGCAAAUGCACAUGAAACAUACAAGAAGCGAUUGAGUGCUCCUAACAUGUUGCAAACAACUACUGCAGAUAGCUCAAUGUUAUCUUCAUCUCUACAGUCACCAUCUGAUUUCUCCGUGUCGUGCAUUGAUGCAAACUUACUGUCUGCUGGCAGCAGUUAUGGCUCAAUUGUCUCAACAGAAGAGCACGGGGAACAUGUGGAGGUCAUUCGAGCACGUUCUACAGACAGUGGUGAUAGUGACAGCAUUUAUCUUGACUGUCGGCCAGGUCAAGACAGUUCAUCAUCUCCCAGUCCACAGUUUGCUGCAGUUCAGACUGAAAGUUCAAGCAGCUCUCAACUUCAUGAAAAGAUUUCAACACUUGAGAAAAGAGUAAAUCCUAUCAUCAGGAAAACAGAAGAGACAAGAGCAACUAAGCAAUCAGACAUUGUGGAAAUUGCACCAGCUGGUGCAGCUAAACAAGAUGAAAUGACAGAGGGUGUUGCUUCACUUGAGAUGUCUGACUUAGUUGAUCUACCAUAUCGACGACAGUCAGCAUUUUCAGAAUGCUCAUACACUGCAUCUCCGUUUAGUGAACUAGUUGCCGAUGGUGUAAACUUGGAAGACAUAGAAGAAGAUGGAGAUGAAGAUGUGUUGGACAUGGUCAGUGCAACUCUCUACAUCCAAGCCCCUGAACACUCUAAUCUUAUGUUAUUGCUUGUUGCUGAGAAACAUUUAGAGAAAGAUAAGGAAACAGUUCAGUGUUUGUGGGAACAUUCUCUUGUUCUGUUGGCUGACUUGGCUGUCAGCCUCAAGGAGCCUGUUUCUCAUCUCUCCUCAUCAAGAUCAGUGACAUCCUUUUACUAUACAGCUUACAACAGCUAUGAGAAGACCAUGAGCACAAACUGCAAACAGGGAAUAUCCCAAAAUGCUCAGAAAUUUGGUCGUGUCAUAAAAACUAUGCAGAAACAACACAACUUGAAUCCAGACAUCACUGAUAUUGUGCUGCGGUAUCCUGUGUUGUGUUCAGCAUAUGCUCGAUUUUCUCUGGGAAAAGAAAUAUACUUUCAGCCUCGGGGUGGACAUAGUUAUCGAUUAAUUGCUCCUCCUGGAACACCGGAUAUGCGUGACAACGCUCCAACUAAAGAAGCCGUUGGCUUUAACAUUGAAAUAAGUGCAAGAAAAAAGUUAUCUAGUGAAGCUGGAAUCAAUCUGAUAUAGUCGAAUCUAAAGUUUGUGUAUUUUGGGUUGGUAGAGGUUUGGAUUUUUAAUUUAUUAAUGCUGCUAACCUGAUUAUUAAAUACAUUCACAGUUUUACA